GUGUGAAUUGGAGUUGUUUUUCAAUACAACGAGAAAUCUAUUUAUUUAUUAUUAUUUUUAAAUCACUUUUAAAUCAAAUAUUUAUUUAUUUAUUCAAUAUUUUGGACUUUUUAUCGCGAAAUGCGUUCAAAACAUUGAUUUCAUAUCACAUCUCAAACGACGAGAUAAACCACUCAUGAGUUUUAUGUCUGUCUCUCCACAGUCUGUACGCGAAGCCAUUAAUUGUCCACUGGAUUCAAGUCUCUGAGUCGGCGGCUAUUUUGGACACAAGAAUCGCAUUAUUGGAUCAGAUAUUAGCGAUCAACUCAUCAAUCAAUGGACGCGAUUGACGGACCAAAUGGGGUGCCAAUGGAUACACUGCCCGCGCGGUCCGUCUCAGACCACACACUCGUCAGCCAUAGUCUCGGCCACAGAGAGGACAGAGAGUCGGGCCGUGCGGUGAACGGGCGGUGCGGUAGCGGAGGGGGCGGUGAAGGGGUGCGAGUGAUGAAUGGCCACCGCUUGCCAUCAUAUGUGGGCAUUUCGUGUGCGAUAUCCGGUUAUUCCGAUUACAACCGCUACAGCUCUUCACUGCGGAACAGUUGCACUCGACGUGACAUUAGUGUCGCCCUCAAGAACUCCACUCGAGAACCGGUGAAUCGUUUGAACGACUCAUUGAAUCGUAAAAAUAGUCUAAUCAGUGAAGCGUUGAUAACGAGUAGACAUAAUGUAAGCGAAGACAUUGAAAACAGUGGAACCGAUCGAUCGACAGAUUUGACAAACAAUGAUAUCAGCAGUGAUUUGAAUGACAAGAACUCACUGUUAGAGCAAAGGAUCGCCAGUUUGUAUGGAAACACAUUCGCCAAAGACUGGAGGGAAUCGCGGACUCGAAGCAGACAUAAGUUUGACACUCCUUUCUCUUUAGCCAAACAAAGAAGCCCUUCGUGUCCUCCCAUUCGUAAAAGUACCACAAAUAAGACCCCAACCCCUCUCCCAAUGCCUGUCCCAACCCCUCCAUCAAUACACAAAUCCAGUGAACACACGAAUCCUGUGAACAAUCAAAUUGAUCACCGAAUCCAUACUCAUUCAAAAACCCCAAAAGAGUUACCAAAUUGUGAGAUACAAACUAAAGAACCGGUCAAACAAUUAGAACCACAAAAUUACCGCUCGAUUGAAGAUAAUUCUCAAACUGCAGCUAAAGUUACAAAUAAUGUGUCGGAAACACAAUCAGCGAAACCAAUUGAGUCGUCUGAUAGCCUUUCUGAACAUGAGAUACAAAGCCCGCAAACGACACCGUCGUGUCAAAGAGACGGCAAUUGGUUUUUGAGUGAAUUAAACAAAACCACUCAACAAAUACAGCAAAACAUAGAUCUGACAGAAAAUUUGCUCAAAACCGAUGACAGUCUAAUGGGCGAAGAGUUUUGCGGCAAAUUGAGAGCAGCGAUCGGAAAGGCUAACCUACUUAUCAAUAAAAAGUUUCAACAAUUCCACGAAUUAUGUCUCAAAAAUAUUAGUCAAAGCAAUUGCGAACAAUUCGUUACGACAAACGAUGAUUUGCAAGGAUUUUGGGAUAUGAUGUCCAUUCAAGUGAUCGACAUUAACGAUACUUUCGCCCAAAUCUAUACACUUCACGCCAGCGGUUGGAACAAAGACUUCGAUGUUGUACUUCCAAAAAAGAUGACAUCGACGCCAACAAAGACCGUUAAAUCGCGAAAGUCGACCCCAAAGGGAUCGCCCGUCAAAGCCUGUGAUGAAACCAAUACAGACCGAGAGUCAGAACGUCGUAAUCGUCUGAAGGAAGCGAAACGAAAGGCACGGCUAAAGGCCUCCGCAGCUGAUGAAGAGAUCACAAUAUUUAUUCCCUCAAAAAACAUUCAAUAAUUAACUCAUUCUUUGAUUUAUAUAUUUUUCAUUUUAAUUUAAAACUUACUUAUAAUAUAAGUAUUAAAUUAUUUAUUUAUUAUUUGGAUAUUUUUAGGUAUUUUGCGGACACUUUGAAACAAUAAAACAAAACAUUGCUUUCAAACCAAAUCAAA